ACGCGGCGCGGCAGACCAUUGCUGGACUUCGUGCGGUUCAGGUGCUUAACAGCGUUCAAGAGAGAAAAUGAAGUUGAUGGAACCAUUCGGUGCUGCAAUAGCGGAUCUUCCACUACGUCCUCUGCUGUUUACGGGAGUAACUGCAGCCUCGGCAUGUAUUUUCUGCUAUUUGUUUAAACGGGGCGAUGGAAAGAAACCAACAGCGGACCCACAGGACAAAACUCCACCCGAAGCAGCGUGUGACAAGGCCACAGAAGUGUCUCUGCUCCAACCCAAAGAGGUUCCUCAGUACCAGGAGUGCAAGCAAGAGCGUGAAUCUCACAGCCUCCUGCAGGCUGAAAUUAAGGAACUAAAGAUUUCUCUGGAAGAAGCAGAAGAGAAACACCAGAAUGCUGUGGAGAGCAUCACACAGAUGGAGGUUGAGAAAUAUGCCCUUCAAGACAAGAUAGAAACCCUUCAAAAGACAUGGAAAAUGGAAAUGGGAAUCCUGCUCCAUCAACAUAACAAGGAGUGCAAUAAGCUAAAAAAUGAACGUGAGCGAGAGCUGGAGAGUCACAACCUUCUAAAGAUCAAGUACAAAGAGAUGGAGGAGUCUGUGGCACACAAGGAGGAGUUCCUGAAGAUUUCCCUGGCAGAAGCAGAGGAGAAACACCAGAAUGCUGUGGAGAGCAUCACACAGAUGGAGGUUGAGAAAUCUGCCCUCCAAGACAAGAUAGUAACCCUGCAAAAGACAGUGCAGGAAAUGGGGAACCUGCUCAUUGAAAGUAACAAGGAGUGUGACAAUCUAACAAAUGUCUCCCUGGCAGAAGCAGAGAAGAAACACCAGAAUGCUGUGGAGAGCAUCACACAGCUGGAGGUUGAGAAAUCUGCUCUCCAAGACCAGAUAGAAACCUUGCAAAAGACAGUGCAGGAAAUGGGGAACCUGCUCAUCGAAAGUAACAAGGAGUGCGACAAUCUACAAAAUGAAUGUGAGCAAGAGCUGGAGACUCACAACCUCCUUAAGAUCAAGUGCAAAGAGAUGGAGGAGUCUCUGGCCCAGAAGGAGGAGCUACUGAAGGUCUCCCUGGCAGAAGCAGAGAAGAAACACCAGAAUGCUGUGGAGAGCAUCACACAGCUGGAGGUUGAGAAAUCUGCUCUCCAAGACAAGAUAGAAACCUUGCAAAAGACAGUGCAGGAAAUGGGGAACCUGCUUAUCGAAAGUAACAAGGAGUGCGACAAUCUACAAAAUGAACAUGAGCGAGAGCUGGAGACUCACAACCUCCUAAAGAUCAAGUGCAAAGAGAUGGAGAAGUCUCUGGCACACAAGGAGGAGCUACUGAAGGUCUCCCUGGCAGAAGCAGAGAAGAAACACCAGAAUGCUGUGGAGAGCAUCACACAACUGGAGGUUGAGAAAUCUGCUCUCCAAGACCAGAUAGAAACCCUGGAAAAGACAGUGCAGGAAAUGGGGAACCUGCUCAUCGAAAGUAACAAGGAGUGCGACAAUCUACAAAAUGAACAUGAGCGAGAGCUGGAGACUCACAACCUCCUAAAGAUCAAGUGCAAAGAGAUGGAGAAGUCUCUGGCACACAAGGAGGAGCUACUGAAGGUCUCCCUGGCAGAAGCAGAGAAGAAACACCAGAAUGCUGUGGAGAGCAUCACACAACUGGAGGUUGAGAAAUCUGCUCCAAGACCAGAUAGAAACCCUGGAAAAGACAGUGAACAUGAGCGAGAGCUGGAGACUCACAACCUCCUAAAGAUCAAGUGCAAAGAGAUGGAGAAGUCUCUGGCACACAAGGAGGAGCUACUGAAGGUCUCCCUGGCAGAAGCAGAGAAGAAACACCAGAAUGCUGUGGAGAGCAUCACACAGCUGGAGGUUGAGAAAUCUGCUCUCCAAGACAAGAUAGAAACCUUGCAAAAGACAGUGCAGGAAAUGGGGAACCUGCUCAUCGAAAGAAACAAGGAGUGCGACAAUCUACAAAAUGAACGUGAGCGAGAGCUGGAGACUCACAACCUCCUAAAGAUCAAGUGCAAAGAGAUGGAGGAGUCUCUGGCACACAAGGAGGAGCUACUGAAGGAACAUGAGCAAAUGAUGGAGACUCACAACAUCCUCCAGGCCACGAACAAAGAUAUAGAAGAGAAUUUACAGCACUGUAAAGAGUUACUAAUGGAACAUAAGCAAGAGGGGUUAUCUUACAGCUUUCUUCAGGAUCAAAAUGACAUACUGACAGUCUCCCUGGCAGAAGCAGAGGAGAAACACCAGAAUGCUGUGGAGAGCAUCACACAGCUGGAGGUUGAGAAAUCUGCCCUCCAAGGCAAGAUAGAAACCCUGGAAAAGACAGUGCAGGAAAUGGGGAACCUGUGCUUUGAAAGUAACAAGGAGUGCGACAAUCUAACGAACGUCUCCCUGGCAGACGCAGAGGAGAAACACCAGAAUGCUGUGGAGAGCAUCACACAGCUGGAGGUUGAGAAAUCUGCCCUCCAAGACAAGAAAGAAACCCUGGAAAAGACAGUGCAGGAAACAGGGAACCUGCUCAUUGAAAGUAACAAGGAGUGCGACAAUCUACAAAAUGAACGUGAGCGAGAGCUGGAGACUCACAACCUCCUAAAGAUCAAGUGCAAAGAGAUGGAGGAGUCUGUGGCACACAGGGAGGAGCUACUGAAGGAACAUGAGCAAAUGAUGGAGACUUACAAUAUCCUCCAGGCCACGAACAAAGAUAUAGAAGAGAAUUUACAGCACUGUGAAGAGUUACUAAUGGAACAUAAGCAAGAGGUGUUAUCUUACAGCUUUCUUCAGGAUCAAAAUGACAUACUGACGAUUUCCCUGGCAGAAGCAGAGGGGAAACACCGAAAUGCUGUGGAGAGCAUCACAUGCCUGGACGAUGAGAAAUCUGCCCUCCAAGACCAAAUUGAAACCCUGGAAAUGGGGAUCCUGAGCUUUGAAAGUAACAAGGAGUGCGACAAUCUAGCGAACGUCUCCCUGAUAAAUUUAAAAGAAAAUCAUCAGAAGGCUAAGGAGACCAUUGCAUAUUUGAAGGAGGAGACAGAGACCCUCAGCAACAGUACGGCGGAGAACAACGUCAGCUUGCUUCAUUGUGGGAAUGCUAACCUGCUAAAGUUCUGCAGCUAG